GAGGGGAGCGUGUCUCCGUCAGCUGAUAGGGUCGGGUGCCUCGGGCGAGCUACCGGGGGACGAAGCUGCGGGAGCGCGCGGGCAGUGGCCGGCCGCGGAAUACUUGUGUGCUGCGGCCAAGAAGAAGGGUGAUGGAAGGGCGGCAAGAGGCUGGAAAGGAGAGCAAGCAGCCCUCCUCUGUAUCAGUGGACCUGCAGGGAGACAGUACCUUGCAGGUGGAGAUCUCUGAUGCCGUGAGCGAGCGGGACAAGGUGAAAUUCACCGUUCAGACCAAGAGCUGCCUCCCUCACUUCGCCCAGACGGAGUUCUCAGUCGUGCGACAGCAUGAGGAGUUCAUCUGGCUACACGACGCCUAUGUGGAAAACGAGGAGUACGCCGGCCUCAUCAUCCCCCCAGCCCCUCCAAGGCCAGACUUCGAGGCUUCAAGGGAAAAGCUGCAGAAGUUGGGUGAGGGGGACAGCUCCAUCACGCGGGAAGAAUUUGCCAAAAUGAAGCAGGAGCUAGAAGCGGAGUACCUAGCUCUCUUUAAGAAGACAGUUGCAAUGCACGAGGUCUUUCUGCAACGCCUUGCGGCCCACCCGACCCUGCGUCGAGACCACAACUUCUUUGUCUUUUUGGAAUAUGGCCAGGAUCUGAGUGUCCGAGGAAAGAAUAGGAAGGAGCUUCUUGGGGGAUUUCUGAGGAAUAUCGUGAAGUCUGCAGAUGAAGCCCUCAUCACCAGCAUGUCAGGGCUCAAGGAGGUGGAUGACUUCUUUGAGCACGAGAGGACCUUCCUGCUGGAGUACCACACCCGCAUCCGGGACGCCUGCCUGCGGGCAGACCGUGUCAUGCACUCCCACAAGUGCCUGGCAGACGAUUUUAUCCCUAUCUCUGCUGCACUGAACAGUCUGGGAACACAGGAAGUCAACCAGCUAAAGACGAGCUUCCUCAAAUUGGCAGAGCUCUUUGAACGACUAAGGAAGCUGGAGGGCCGAGUGGCAUCUGAUGAGGACCUCAAGCUAUCAGACAUGCUGAGAUACUACAUGCGAGACUCACAGGCAGCCAAGGACCUGCUGUACCGGCGGCUGCGAGCCCUGGCUGACUACGAGAACGCCAACAAGGCACUGGACAAGGCGCGCACUAGGAACCGGGAGGUGCGGAUUGCCGAGAGCCACCAGCAGCUGUGUUGCCAACGUUUUGAACGCCUCUCUGACUCAGCCAAGCAGGAGCUAAUGGAUUUCAAGUCCCGCCGCGUCUCCUCCUUCCGCAAGAACCUUAUAGAGCUGGCAGAGCUGGAGCUCAAACACGCCAAGCAGCCACUGGACCCAGCCCUCAUAGAUGAGUCAGCCAUCCAUGAAAGAAGUCAGAGGAAAACCAGAGAGAACCCUGAAGACAGAACAGCUCAAGAGGCACUUUGUAACUCCCAGUCUCACAGCCCACACUGGGCAGGCCUGAGCCUGGGGUUGAACAGGCCUCACUGCCCAGCUGCCCACCCAGGGAAGAGGCUACAGGAGAGUGUUCAGGUAUGAAGCCCAUUCUGCCCGAAGGGC